AUGGACCCUGAUUUCGUUCAUAGACAGUUCCCAACUUCCUAUCUGAGGACAAAGUUGGGCUCAGAAGUCCAGUUUUCGGUCGAGACUCGCAUCGAGGAUACAGCGCUGCAUACCGCAGUAGAAGACCAUAUCACUAACCAGCUUACCGAGAGACAGCAGCAGCAGCAGCAGCAGCAGCUUCUAACCUGGCAGCCUGUAGAUGGCCGUCGAGAACUCCAGCACUGGCUGAGAGUGCCGCCAUCACUCACGCCCGGCCCCUUGUCUACUCCAUCUGCCUCCUCGGCAGAGCGACAAGGCUCGCCAAAGCCAGCAGACGAUAGUCAGACUCUCUGCUCAUCUGCUCCUCCAUCAACUCUCACUCCGAGUGAGAUCAACCGCAGAGGCCAGCAGAUUAUCAUGCAGAUCCUGCAGACACCCGUCUCGCAGGAGGAGGCCGAUUAUCUCCGUUCCUUGCCUCUAUUUACUCCUCCUCGCUCAUCCUCAGGGGACCAAGAUUUCACCUUAUUCCCACCUGCUCCAGCAGAAGGAGAAGAGGAAGAAGAAGAACUACCAGCGAAAGAAGCGAUAUCAACGAACUCUCCUCUUGAUGAUACUCGCCAGCCGCCUUCAACAAGCCCUGUCAGUCGCUCAGUAUCACCAAACACUCUCACUCUUAAACCUCUUCAGUUCGAUACGGCAACAAACAGCUGGCCGCUGCCGCCUAUUGAGUCAGUUACUCGCUCGUUCUGGGACCCUAUUCGUGAUGCGCUUCGAGAGCAAGUGCAGGUAGAAAAGAUGGUGUGUCAGGAGAAUAUAUAUAUAAAUGGAUGUAUUUGGGUCGAGAAUGCUAACUUAUUCCCUGGGCUAUAUAGGAGGAUACGGAAAGCUGGUUGA